UCACCACAAUGUUAAAACCCUGGCCCCACACCAUUUUAAAGGGUGAAUUUUAUUGUCAAUUACAUCUGAAGAAAAAGAAUGGCAAAAGAAUAAUAAAGAUUAAUACACACACACGGCAUAUAAAAGAACACGUCUCCACACGUGGGAGGCAAUUCGCCUCCACCGGUCCUGGCCCGUCUCGGGUCUCUCAGGGAGGGUGUACCUGUGCAUGCAGGACAGUCCAUGCAGGAGCAAGCUCAGCUUCCAAGACCACCGAGCACGCAGGGGUGGCCCCACGCGGCGAGCACCGGCGGGCGCGGCAGCCAUCCCGCUCCGGGGGCCUUCGGAGCCUGGGCCGCGUCAGGCAGCGCGCCGGGCAGCCCGGGGCCAUGGCGGCGGCGGCGGCGGCGGCGGCGGCGGGAGCGCGCGGCGCCCUCCGGGGGUUGGCGGCGCUGCGCGGCCGGGGUGCGAGCCGGGCGGCCAUGUCUUCAGGUGCACAGUGGCUGACAGCAGAGGAGAGGAACCAACUUAUUCCUGGCUUGAAAGCAGCAGGAUGGUCGGAAUUAAGUGGGAGAGAUGCCAUCUACAAAGAGUUCAUCUUCAAAAAUUUUAAUCAGGCCUUUGGCUUUAUGUCCAGGGUUGCCCUACAAGCAGAGAAGAUGAAUCAUCACCCAGAAUGGUUCAAUGUGUACAACAAGGUCCAGAUAACUCUCACUUCACAUGACUGUGGAGGCUUAACCAAACGGGAUGUGAAGCUGGCCCAGUUCAUUGAAAACGCUGCUGCUUCUCUGUGAUCUCUUUCAAAAUGGGUUGAAGGAGAGGACAAGUGUCUUGUCCAUGGCUCCAGUAAGAUGUGGCAAUUCAAGGACUUCCUAUCAUCGCGAUGGCCCCCUCUCCAUUAUUGGGCUUUAAUGAAUUGAGAAAGAACUAAGAGCCAUACGUUUUCACAGUGUGUGUUGUCACCGGUGAACUGAGUGUCUGACUUAGUCUCUACUGAAGAUCAUCUCUGUAAGGACCUCACUCCACAGGCCUGAAGAGCAAUCGUAUUCGGAGCAAAACCCCUUACUGCCCCACCAUGCCACUGCUGCUACAACAUGAGGAACCUGUGUGGUCACGUGAGAAGGUCCAAGCUCCCCCAAACCAGUUCCUGGCCGGUUCAGUUAGCCGUGCCUUAGUUCCUUUCUCAUUGCGAACAAAUGUCCUAAAGAAAGCGGCUUAAAGGAGGAGGAGGGUUUAUCCUCUGAGGCUCUCCAUUAGCGGCUACAGUCCAUCAAGGCGUGAAAAGGUGGCCGCAGGUAUGUGAACUGGUCACAUUGCAUCUGUAGUCAGGAACCUAUGGGAUGGUGCUUAGGUGGGCCCCCUCUUCUCAGUUAGCCCCCAUAGACAUACCCAGAGGUGUGUCUCCUGGUCAACCUGACACAGCAUACUACCGUCCCAUUUUAUUUUAAAUUAAUUUUAGCGUCAUAUACAAUGUAGCGAUUAGUGUUUGCUAAUUUUUGUUUGUAUUUUCAAGACAGGAUAUCCUGUAUCUCCGGCUCACCUCCUUCUUGCUGUGGGAUGUUCUGUAUGUUAAAUGUGUUGCUCUAAUUGGUUAAUAAAUAAAACACUGAUUGGCCAGUAGCCAGGCAGGAAGUAUAGGCAGGACAAGGAGAGAAUAAAUUGUGGGAACAGGAAGGCUGAGGCAGAGAGACACUGCCAGCCACCGUCAUGACAAGCGAGAUGUAAGGUACCGGUAAGCCAUGAGCCAUGUGGCAACUUAUAGACUAAUAGAUAUGGGUUAAUUUAAGAUAUAAGAACUAGAUAACAAGAAGCCUGCCGCGGCCAUACAGUUUAGAAAAAAUAUAAGUCUCUGUGUUUUUACUUGCUUGGGGUCUAAGCAGCUGUGGGACUGGUGGGUGAGAGAGAGAUUUGUCCUGACCGUGGGCCAGGCAGGACUGGAGAAAACUCUAGCUACACCUUCUCUCUUUAAAAAAUUUAUUUUUAAUUUGUAUGUAUGUGCCUGCAUGAGUUUAUGUGUGCCAUGUGCAUGCAGGUACCCAGAGAGGCAGGAGGGUAUUGGAUCUUCUGAAACUGCAGUUACAGGUGGCUGUGAGCCACCAAACAUGGAUUCUUGGAAUCAAACAUAGGUCUUCGGCAAGAAUAGUAAGUACUCUUAAAGCCUGAGCCAUCUCUCUAGUCCCCAAAGGAAUGGUUUUCUCAUGGCAUCUUCAUACAUAUUAUACUUGGUGGGAACAUGGAAUUUAGGGUAACCUAAGUCUGUGUUCCUGGGUCGUAGUCAUGCAGAAUGGCUCCGUAAUAAAUGACCUCUUACUUCCUUUUGAAGGUGAGAUCCAUGUUUGUUUGUUUUUGCAUUGACAAAGGUUAUAGUUAAGAAGUAAAAAGAAGCCCGUGGUGGUGGCACAUUUCUUUAAUCCCAGCACUCGGGAGGCAGAGGCAGGUGGAUCUCUGUGAGUUCGAGGCCAGCCUGGUCUACAGAGCGAGAUCCAGGACAGCCAGGGUUACACAGAGAAACCCUGUCUCGAAAAACCAAAAAAAAAUAAAAUAAAAUAAAAUAAAAAGAGAAAAGGACGAGAGAAAGAAG